AUGCCUCCGGUUAAAAGAUCCAAAGCCGACACUUUACGCAGAAAAAGUAAAGAUGAGUUAAAAGAAAUUUGCAUGGAAUAUGGUCUUCCGACUUGGGGAAGCAGAGGCGAUCUCGAAGACCGUAUUCAAGAUCAACAUAAAUCUAAAAAUAAAAUAUUCGAAUAUUGUGUUGAUGAAAAAAGAAAACCCAAAGCUUCUUCCUCUUCAACGUCACCGGUAUCAUUAAAUGUGACUAUGCCAGAAAAUAUAACCAAAUCAUCGCCAACAUCAGCGUCUUUUUCUUCAUCUUUGUCACAAUCAAAAAACGCGGAUGACUCUAAAGUUGAAAACUCUGUUGAAGUAACUGCUGCAGAAAUAUUAUGCGCCAUGGUGGCGUCAAAAACGAUCAAAGAAAUGAAUCCGAUCGAGUACUAUGCUGAUGUCAUUAAUGGUCUGCUCCAACUGAGCAAUCGUCAAUAA